GUCAAAGUAGAAUGUUUUCCUCCCUAUCCAUGGACCAAACUCAGCGCAGCUAGCUCCUUAAAUGUAGCCAGGGGCUAAGGGAAACAGCACACUGCGACCUUUUGGAGUUUUAAAACAACAAAAAUGUCCACAGCGAGCUGUUUUCGGAGACUUGAAGACUGUGAGUACAAACUUGGAAUCUAUCGUCGCUACCAAACGCACUAACGAUAGCGUACUAACGGCUGCUGAAGUUGCGGACCUUUACGAGUUGGCAAAGACCUUCAACAAGAGUAUUAUAUUUAGGUUUUUUACAUUUCAGUAAUGAGAAUAGCAUAAUUAUAGGUAGCCAUUGACUAUGGUAGCUACUCUAUCAACUGGUGUAGCCUAGAAACGGAGUAAACCGGGAUUUAAAGGAACUGAGCAGGUAACUCGGCUGCCCCGUUGCGAUGGGCAACCGAGGGAUGGAGGAUCUGAUCCCGCUGGUCAACCGCCUCCAAGAUGCCCUGAGCAGCGUGGGACAGAGCUGCAGCCUCCAUCUGCCGCAGAUCGCUGUGGUGGGCGGCCAGAGCGCAGGAAAGAGCUCCGUCCUGGAAAACUUUGUGGGCAGAGACUUCCUUCCACGGGGCUCAGGAAUUGUCACUCGAAGACCUUUAAUUCUCCAGAUGCUUAGUGCUAACACGGAGUAUGGUGAAUUUCUCCAUUGUAAAGGAAGGAAGUUCACAGACUUUGAUGAAAUCCGUAAGGAGAUAGAGGCAGAAACGCGCAGACUCACAGGAUCUAAUAAGGGCAUUUCUCCUGUCCCCAUCAACCUACGGAUUCACUCACCACAUGUGCUAAACCUGACUCUUGUGGACCUGCCCGGCAUCACCAAGGUGCCUGUAGGAGACCAGCCAGUAGACAUAGAGUACCAGAUACGAGACAUGAUCAUGCAGUUCAUUUGUAAGGAAAACUGUCUCAUCCUAGCUGUCACACCAGCAAACACUGACCUGGCCAACUCUGAUGCACUCAAACUGGCCAAAGAUGUCGACCCAAAGGGCCAGCGAACAAUUGGUGUAAUUACUAAACUGGACCUGAUGGAUGAAGGAACAGACGCUCGGGAAAUACUAGAGAACAGGUUGCUUCCUCUACGCAGAGGUUACAUAGGGGUAGUGAACCGUAGUCAGAAGGACAUUGAUGGGAAAAAGGAUAUUAAGGCAGCUCUGCUUGCAGAGAAGAAGUUCUUCCUGUCCCAUCCGGCCUAUAAACACAUGGCUGAAAGCAUGGGCACCCCAUAUUUACAAAGAAUACUCAACCAGCAACUGACAAACCACAUCCGGGACACUUUGCCAGCCUUUCGUAGUCAUCUGCAGAGCCAGCUCCUGGCUUUGAGCAAAGAGGCUGAAGAGUACAUACAAUAUAGUCCUCAUGACCCUGCACGCAGGACCAAGACACUGCUACAGUCAGUCAGUCACUCAUUCUGUGUAUGUGUGUGUGUGCCCAUUUACUCUCUUUUAAUUAUUUAUAUGUCAGUGUUUCUCCUGGUCUGUCUGUCUCUGUCUUCCAGGUUAGUUCAGCGCUUGGGCGUAGACUUUGAAAAGCUAAUCGAGGGCUCAGGCGACAAAAUAGACACUGUUAAUCUGUCAGGGGGUGCGAGGAUCAACCGAAUCUUCCAUGAACACUUCCCCUAUGAACUGGUCAAGAUUGAAUCUGAUGAGAGGAAGAUGCGGCAGGAGAUAAACUAUGCCAUCAGAAACAUCCACGGCGUCAGGACAGGUCUCUUCACUCCUGACAUGGCCUUUGAAGCCAUAGUGAAGAAAGAAAUAUCAAGGCUAAAGGGGCCAUGUAUUAAAUUUAUUGACAUGGUCAGUCAAGAACUAAUCACUACUGUGUACCAGUGUAUCAACAAGCUUGGUUCCUUUCCCACAUUGCGAGAUGAGACAGAGAGAAUUGUAACCACUGAAAUCCGUGAACAAGAGAGUAAAUGCAGAGAUCAGGUCUUGUUGCUCAUUGACAUUCAGCUUGCCUACAUAAAUACCAAACACGAAGACUUCAUUGGCUUCACUAAUGCACAGCAGACAUAUAACCAAAACAAUAAGACGGUUGUUGCAGGGAUGGCAGGAAACCAGGGUGUGGCCCCUCUCUCAAGUCUAAUAGUCAUACGCAAGGGAUGGCUGACCAUCAGCAACAUCGGCAUAAUGAAAGGUGGAGCCAAGGAGUACUGGUUUAUUCUCACUGCAGAGAGCCUGUCAUGGUUCAAGGAUGAUGAGGAGAAAGAGAAGAAGUAUAUGCUUCCUCUGGACAACUUAAAGCUCAGAGAAGUGGAGAAGGGCUUCAUGUCCACGAAAUUUGUCUUUGCCGUCUUCAACACAGAGUUAAGGAACGUGUAUAAGGACUACAAAUGCCUGGAGUUGGCCUGUAACUCUCAGGAUGAGUUGGACAGCUGGAAGGCUUCUCUGCUACGGGCUGGAGUCUACCCUGAGAAUGUCACCGUGGAUGGAAAGGGAAAUGGAGCUCCUGAAAACGUCACAGACCCCCAACUGGAGCGUCAGGUGGAAACCAUUCGUAACCUGGUUGACUCCUACAUGAGCAUCAUCUAUAAGACCAUCAGGGACUUAAUGCCAAAGACCAUUAUGCACCUUAUGAUCAACAGUGUGAAGGAGUUCAUUAGCUCGGAGCUCCUGGCCCAGCUCUACGCUCUGGGAGAAUGCUCAGCGCUGAUGGAUGAGUCACCAGAGCAGCAGCAGCACCGGGAGGAAGUGCUUCGCAAACACGCUGCCCUGAAAGCGGCGCUCACUGUCAUUGGAGAAAUCUCCACCUCUACCUGCACCACCCCUCUGCCUCCACCUGUAGACUCCUCCUGGAUACAACCCUCUAGUUCAACACCCCCUAAAAACUCAUUGACUGGUGCCAAGCCAAUGAUUCGUGGCCAUGCCCCACCUGUUCCUCGGGUGCUCACUCCCACUGGACCCACUGCUUUCCCAAGCACUGAUGGCCUUCAGCAGCUCACUAGCCAACCAAACCGUGCUCCUAGUGUGCCAAGGAGGCAACCUCCAGCUAUCCCAAAUGUGAAAUAACAGUCCUCUCUGCUCAGAACUCCAUUACCCAUCUGCCCCAGUGAUUCUUCCAGCUGCAGCUGACUGCUAUCCAGAGACACCCAUGACUUGUGUGAAUUGUAAUCCAUCUGAAGCACUAUGGGCUUCUCGCUGUCUCCUCUGGGGAGAUGCUGUCUGCAAAAUUCACUCUGUCUUGAGCCUGUUUUGUACAUAAUAUCAUUGGCCAUAAAUGAUGGAAUGUGCUCCACUGUCUGCAGACUUUUCUCAAGCGCCUGAACUUAGUGUAAAUACAAAAAUAAAAAAAC